AUGGCACAGUUGGCAGUUAAUGGUGCCCUAGGCUUACAAGAUGCUGUUGAGCAGAAGCGGCCAAUCCCGUACAAGAACUUGGCGGUCGGGGCGGUUAUGAACAUCUUCCAAGGCAAGUUUACCAUAUUCACUACUCUUGGACAACCGAUGGAAGUUCUCAAGACUCAUCUAGCAGCGAAUCGAAAAGACACUUUAAGACAAGCAGUUCAAAAGACUUGGGCUCGCGGAUAUGUGCCGGCUUUCUACCAAGGGCUUAUUCCCUGGGCGUGGCUGGAAGCUUCCACUAAAGGUGCUAUUCUGGUGCUAGUAUCAACAGAGGUCGAGCAUCAAGCUCGCACAAAGUUGAAUUCCUCUCCAACACUAUGUGGUGUCUUGGGUGGUAUUAGUGGAGGCAUCGCGCAGUCUUAUCUCACUAUGGGAAUGACAACAUGCAUGAAGACGGUCGAAGUAACCCGAACCAAAAUUGCUGCUGAAGGCGCCAAGGUUCCUGGAACAAUGGAUACCUUCUUGCAUAUUCUGCGCGAAAAGGGAAUUCGAGGUGUGAACAAGGGUGUCAAUGCCGUCGCCUUGCGGCAAGUCACUGGUUGGUCGUCCAGGAUUGGCAUCUCCCGUUUUGCCGAAGAAACCAUACGGUCUGUAAAUGGGAAGGACAAGAACGAAAAGCUCAGAUUUGGCGAGAAGAUCUUGGCAUCAACCAUUGGCGGUGCACUUAGUUGUUGGAACCAGCCAUUCGAAGUCCUUCGAGUGGAAAUGCAAUCAAUGAAAAGCGACCCCACACGCCCGGCAUCUCCGACAAUUGUAUCCACUUUCAAACACGUUCUUGCAACCUCUGGCUUCAAGGGCUUGUUUCGUGGGGUAGUACCCCGCAUUGGAGUUGCGGCGUGGGCUACGAUCUGCAUGGUAGGAUUCGGCGACACCGUAAAGGACAUGGUAAACCGCACAUGA